AUGUUGGAUAAAGAAAAUACUUUGAAGAAUUUCCUCAAUCUCGAAAACAUAAACGACAGAUAUAUUACAGAUCUGAACACAAAUAAAAAAAUAUUUUCUUAUGCUGAAUUAUGUGAAGAAAUAGAAAAUUUUCGAAAUUUUUUUCAAAGUAUAAAUAUAAAAAAAGGAUAUGAAAUAUCUAUUAUUUUAUUUAACAGUAUAGAAUAUGUAUUGGCAUUUUUAAGUAUCAAUUUUAAUCAUAAUAUAUGUUUACCACAAAAUACGAAUUUAAAAAAAGAAGAGUAUGAAAGAUAUUUGGUUAAUAAUUGCAAGUAUAUAAUAGUUCAUGAUUAUGAUGAAAAUAAUGAUAAUUAUGCAAGUAUAAAAAAAAAACAUGGAUAUUAUAAAAAUGUGCUUAAUUCAUUAGAAGAAUUAUCAAAAGAACAUAAUAUAGGAUUGAUAAAAAUCAAGAAAAAUAAUACAAAACCUUAUUUCACAUACUCAUAUAUACCAAAUGGCAGAGAUGUAGAAAAAAACGAGAUAAAAAAACAAGACAAUGUUAUUAAUAAUUCCGAAUCGAACAAAGAUAUAUGCCUACACUUACAUACCUCUGGGACAACAAGUAAAGUAAAAAUUGUUCAGUUAACUAAUAACAAUAUAAAAACAACCAUAAAAAAUAUUGUAAAUUCAUAUGAUAUAAAUAAAAAUGAUAACACAAUUAUAGUUAUGCCUUUAUAUCAUGUACAUGGAUUAAUCGGAGUAUUAAUGCCUAUUCUAUUUUCUAAAGGAAAUAUAUUAUUUCAAUUAGGGCAUUCAUUUAGUGCUUCUGAAUUUUGGAAUAAUAUAAUGGAUUAUAAUAUUAGCUAUUUUUCUGCAAUACCGACAAUAUUAAAAAUUUUAUUAUUGAGAUAUGAAAAAGAUUAUUUAAGAAAGGAUAGUGACAGAAAAAAAGUUCAACAUAAAUUACGAUUUAUUAGAACUUCAAGUUCAUAUUUAGAUGAAUUAUUAGAAAAAGAAAUUGAGGAAAAAUUUGAAACACAAGUUUUUCAAGCAUAUGGCAUGACAGAGGCAUGUCAUCAAGUUAGUUCAAAUAAGUUAAUAAAUAAUGAUAAUAAUAAAAAUAAAAUAUGUAUGAAAAAAUUAAAAAGUGUAGGAAUACCAAAUGUCGGAGUUGUAAUAUAUGAUGCUGAAAAAAAAAAAGUAUGUGACUAUAAUACUUUAGGAGAAAUAUGUAUUAAUGGAAAAAAUGUUAUGUAUGGCUAUAAAGAAAUAAAAGAUAAUGAGCAUAUAUAUGUAUAUGUUAAUACAAUAAAAGAAAAAACACAAUAUAUGAUAGAUAAUAAAUUUUUAGAAAUAUCAGAAAAUGUACCUUUUUUUAAAACUGGGGAUAUAGGAUAUAUUGAUGAAGACAAUUUCCUUUUUUUAUCUGGCCGAAUUAAAGAUAUAAUAAACAGAGGUGGGGAAAAAAUAAUUCCAAACGAAAUAGAUGAUGUUCUAAGAACACAUCCAAUUAUACAAGAUUGUUUAACCUUUGGGUCAAAGGAUGAUGUAUAUGGAGAAAUUAUAAAUACUUCAGUAAUUGUUAAGGACAUAUAUUUAGAUGAUAACAAUAAAAAUAUGGAAUCUGAAACUGAAAGUAAACUUAAUAUAGAAACUCUAAAACAGGACAAUAAAAUUAUUGAAAGCAAUGAUAAUUCCAAAGAAGAAACUGAGUUUGAUGUAAAUAAAAGUAUAGAAUUAAAUUUGAAUAAUUUUCAUAAAAGAUUUGAGCUAAAAGAACAUAUGAAAAAAGAGUUAGCUGAUUUUAAAGUGCCUAAAAAUAUAUAUUUUGUUAAUAAUUUUUUAAAAACAGAUACAGGUAAAAUAUCACGAAAAAAAGUAUAUGAAGGUAUUGAACUUAUAAAAAAUAAAGAUAUUCCAAUUUUUGAUAUUAUUGCAAUAAUUUUAAAAAAAUAUGAAAUAAGUCAUAUAUAUGGAGUAUAUGGUAUACCUAUAAAUAAAAUAAUAAAAAGUUUUAUUAAAAAUAAAAUUUAUUAUAUUAGUUUUCGAAAUGAAAUAAAUGCUGCUAUAAGUUGUAGUUAUGUAAACUAUUUUAGUACACAAAACAAAAAAAAAGUUGGAAUUAUUUUUGCAUGUUCUGGUCCAGGAUUUAUGAAUACAAUUAGUGGUUUAUAUAAUGCAAAAAUAAAUAAUUUACCUAUGGUAUUAAUAUCUUUUGAAAAUUAUAUAGAUAAUAAUUUAACUCUUUAUGAAAAAUAUAAUAAUUUUCAAUAUUUUCCACAAUUUAAUUUUUUAAAUAAAUCCAAAGAAAUAUGUAAUUCAGUAUAUCAUGCAAAUUCUUUGAAUACAUUUUCUGAGCAAUUUGAUAAAGCAAUAAAUCGGGCUAUUGAAUAUAAGGCCCCUGUUUAUUUAAAUUUAGAUUAUAAAAUGAUAAAUCAGACAGUAAAUAUUGAACAGGCUUUUCAAAUAUUGGAAAUUGUUUCGAAAAAUGUUAAUCUAUACUUUAGUCAAAACAAUGAUCAAGUUAUAAAGAUAGAUCUACUAAAUAUAGAGCUCGAUCAAACUGAUGAAAUAAUGGGCAAAUUCUUAAAUUUAGUAAAACGAAUAAAACAAAUUUAUAAAUCCAAUAAUAACGGUGUUAUUUUUAUAGGGUCAAAUUGCAAUAAUGGCAUAAAAUAUGUUUUAAAAUUAUCCAAACUUUUGAAAAUUCCAAUAUAUACUAACACAAUGGGAAAAAGUUUCAUAAAAGAAAAUUAUAUUUAUAAUGUAAAUUCUUGUAAAUCUUUUCUUUUUAAUAAUUUAGAUUUUUGCAUUUUAAUUGGAAGCCCAUAUAAUUUUUAUUUUAAUUUUGGACAUUUCCCAAUGUGUAAAAAAGAGAAUAUGGUAUGUAUCGAUUUGAAUAAUGUCGAAGAAGCUCAAAAAAAUGAUGAAAAAGUUAAUCAUUUCUUUUUUAAUGAUUUAUAUUUUAUUUUAAAAAAAUUAUAUUUUACUAUAAAAGAGGAUAGUACAUUAUUAGUAAACAUGGAUAGCCGACAAAAUUGGGUUAAUAUUCUAAACAAAGAAAAAAAAAAAAAUAUUUACAAAAUAUGCACAAAAAUUGCAACUCAAUAUUUUGAUAAAAAUAAUAAUACAUUUACUAUGGAGCAAGCUUUUCUAAUUUUACGAAAUAUUUUAAUUAAUUAUUAUUUUGCACAAAAUGAUAUUCCAAUAGAAUAUAAAAAAUAUUUUAUAAACUAUUUUCAACUAUUUAGUGAGGAUCAAAUUCAAGUUCAUGGUUUAUCUGAUAUUGUAUAUAUGUCAAAAGAUGAAAGAAAAAAACUAAAAGAUAAUAAAAAAAUGAUAUCAGAACAAUUAGUAAAUAACAAUUUUGAAAACAUUAAUUGGGAUAGUUUUCAAGAAAUUGAAGAAGAUUGUGAUUUGGAUUACACGAGUUCAGAUGAAAACAAAAGUAAUAAUAAGAUUGAAAAAAAAGAAGGUAAUAAAUUUUUAAAUAAAAAAGUUAAAAAAAGGGUAAUUAUUACAAAUGAAGGAUCUAUAUCAUUAAUAAUGGGAAUUUUAUAUUUACCAAAAUUUGGAUUAUAUAAUUAUGUAAUUCCACAAAUAAAUGGAAUGAUGGGUAUUUCAAUGAAUGCUGCUAUUUCUGCUUCUUUAGAAAAUAAAAAUAAUAUAAUAUUUUCAAUUUUAGGUGAUUCAUCUUUUGGCUUUACUUGUAAUGAAAUUGAAACUAUUUGCCGACUCAAAUUAAAAAUUGUUAUUAUUAUUAUAAAUAAUAAUGGAAUAUAUGGAACUAGAGAUUUUGAAAUAAAUCCAAAAAUUGAAAUAAAAUAUAUUAAUAAUAAAACAUUUGAUCCUCAAUUUUAUUUGAAUAAUCCAUCAGCUUUAUAUCAUUUUAGUAAAUAUGAAAAUUAUAUUACUGCCCAUGGGGGAUAUGGUGCUUUUAUUGAUUCUAAAGAAGAAUUAAUAAAACAGAUGACAUAUAUUACUAGUGAUAAAUUUGAUCAUUUUCCAGUUUUACUUAAUAUACUCGUUAAAGACACUGGUUCUGUUCAUUUUGAUGCUGAUAAAUGUAUUUUAUAA